AUGACCGAGGCCGAAGCGCACCAAGACGCGGCGAGACUAUCGUGCAAGGAGUGUUAUAGACGAAAGGCCCGCUGCGACAAGGUCGUGCCAACGUGUGGUCCUUGUGUGAGGUAUCGCCGACACUGCCUCUACGAGAAGCACUCGCGUACUCCACUGACGCGUAAGCACUUGACCGAGGUCGAGGAGAAACUCGAGCGAGCCGAAGCAGUCAUCAGAAGGCUGAGGCAGAACGACGGUUCGAGCACGCGAUAUCCUGCCAACGUCGAAUCACACCAGACUGGCUCGAGCGAGGAUUCGUCACAUCAGACCUUCGAGGCUCGAGAAGCCCUACGCGGAAGCAUACGUCCCCAGACACCGACAUCAACAAGCACGUCGAGUGCUGGUAUAAUUCCACCGGCCCAGAACCCUGCCGAGGAUGAUGAACCAAGGCAGAGCCGUCUCGGAGCCCAGAUAUCGCUGCUACCUGGCAGUGUGGCCAGUGCAUUCGCCGCCCCAGAGUCGAGCACCUCCAAAGCCACAGCAGGCUUGCUGGAAACACCGCCGCAGGAUGACUUUGAAUGGAAUGAACUCGGGACGGUCAACUCUCCUACCCCUGGAACGGACGCGGUACGCGAUGGCGAAGACGAGGGGCAGAUAAAGGAUGGGAUGGCGUCCCUUUCGGUCAAGGAGAGCGAAGCUGGCUAUCUUGGGGUCGCAUCCGGGGCCGCGCUGCUCCGUAUGCUUGAGCCGGAUGCCGGGCGGGAACCCGUACGACAGAGGCUACUGUCUCCGCCGCUGCCUUCGGUCCUAGCUCAGCCAGACGUCAACCGCCAUAUUGCCGAUACCAUGAUCGACUCUUACUUCUCCAGUUUCCAUCUGAGCUAUCCCAUCUUGCAUGAACCGACGUUCCGAGCCCAAUAUUCUGAAGUCAUCCCCCAGCCUCAUGGGCGGAGCUGGACAAUCCUUGCCUACACUGUGGCCUCGAUUGGCGUGUACUGCUCCGCUGUGACAGUUGCAGGUGAUCUCGACCUCCAGCUGUCCGUACAUGCCAGAUCGAUGCUCUCCUUCGACUUCCUCGAGGUUGGUAAUCUGACCUUGGUUCAGACGUUGACUUUGAUGUCCAACUACCAGCAAAAGAGGAACAAGCCCAAUUCUGGAUACAACUACCUGGGUCUGGCCUCCAGGAUGGCCAUGGGACUCGGUCUACACAAGGAGUUCCCGGGAUGGAACAUAUCGCCUCUGAACAUGGAGAUUCGGCGCCGUGUUUGGUGGUCUCUCUGCGUCUUUGAGGUUGGGGCUACUAUCACCUUUAGUCGCCCAAUGGUGUGGCCGUAUGACGGCGUCGAUGUCGCAUUUCCCCUGAACGUGGCAGAUAGAGAACUCACUGCGAACUCGCGAAGCUACCCCCCCGAGAACACAGCGAUCACGCCCUACACCGCAGUCGGCAUCCAAGCGCGUUUCCACAUGGCUACACACAAAGCGUAUUCAAAGGUCAUCUCCAGGCCCUUCCCAAGUGCCGAGGAGCUCGGUCACAUGGAUGCGACUUUGAUAAAGCCCUGGCUUUGCAGCCUUCCCAAUUACUUCGACGAGAGCAGCAGCGUUCCCCAAAGAUACGCUCUUCCGCAUGCAGUCAUGCAAUGGCGAUACCGGAAUUUUCGAAUCAUCAUGUAUCGUCCUUUCGUGAUACGCAACGCCCUGAAUACUCGGCAGGGAAGGGUCGAGGAGUCUGCUGCCAGCAUUGAGGCGUAUGAGCGUUGUCUCGAAGAUGCUAGGUUCACUAUUUAUGGAAUCAGUAAUUACUGGGCCAACAACGAGCGGAAUCGCCUGGCUGCCUGGUAUUCUCUAUACUUCCUCUUCCAGGCAGCUCUGAUUCCUUGCAUUUGCCUCCGCAACUGUCCAUUUGCCCCGGAGGCUUUGAGCUGGUCUGACCAAAUAUCCACAACGCUACGCACCAUUGAAGCCCUCUCAACUGUUAACGCGAGCUCUGUCCGCUGCUACCAAGUCAUCCAGAGUUUGUGCGGUCAGUAUCUAAAAGAUGGGCAUCCUGCCAGCCUGUCCAGACAGCCAUACCCAUCUCUUCCUCACGAGACCAUUUCUGCUGGCCAAGGACCCGAGGCUACCUUUUCGAACCUCGCUUCGGAUGCGGCAUUUGACUUUGCAGCAGGAGAAGAUCCUGGACCUAUCAACGAGAGCCCACAAACGCAGAUCAACCAGGUCUUCCCCAUGAUGUGGCCUAAUGCGACAGCCCUGGAAGCCGUCGAGGAAGUAAUGGGUCAGGACGCCUGGGUUGAGUUCCUGAAGGGUACUGCAAACAACGGGGGUCCGAAUGGGGCCGAACAGGCAGACAUACGAUACACCGAGCCCGCAGAAUUUUCGACCCGUCCUCCUCCCACUUGA